AUGGGUCCAAUUACGAGUAUCAAAUGUGUUGUAGUAGGUGAUGGGGCCGUCGGAAAGACGUGCUUAUUGAUCUCCUAUACUACUAAUUCUUUUCCAGGAGAAUACGUACCUACCGUCUUCGACAACUAUAGCGCUUCAGUUUUGGUCGAUGGAAGACCUGUUUCUUUGGGAUUAUGGGAUACAGCCGGACAAGAAGAUUACGAUCGUCUAAGACCAUUAUCGUACCCCCAAACGGACGUAUUCAUCGUUUGUUUCUCCCUCGUCUCUCCACCAAGUUUUGAGAAUGUCCGAAUGAAAUGGAUCCCUGAAAUCACUCAUCAUGCAGCCGGUAUACCCAUCGUGUUGGUCGGUACGAAAUUGGAUUUACGUGAAGAUCCUGUAACUGUCCAAAGAUUGAGAGAAAGGAAUUUCAUACCUAUAACAUAUUCCCAAGGUGUACAAUGUGCAAAGGAUGUUGGUGCUGUCAGAUACUUAGAGGCUAGUUCGAAAACACAAAAAGGUUUGAAAAACGUAUUCGAUGAAGCUAUCCGAGCUGUCUUGACUCCUCCGAACCAACGAAAUCCAGCGAAAAGGAAGAAAAAGUCUUGUGUGAUUCUAUGA